CCACUUCCGGUUCCGGUGGCGGCUGGUCGCGCUCUGUUCUAGCCGCGGGCCAUGGCUGGCAGCCGCCUGGAGACCGUGGGGAGCGUCUUCUCGCGGACGCGGGACCUGAUCCGGGCUGGAGUGCUGAAGGAGAAGCCCCUCUGGUUUGACGUCUAUAAUGCCUUCCCCCCGCUGAGGGAGCCUGUCUUCCGAAAGCCCCGCUUGCGUUAUGGCAAAGCCAAAGCUCCCAUCGAGGACAUCUGGUACCACGAGGAUCGGAUCAGAGCGACAUUUUAUUCAGCCUAUGGAUCUGGUCCAAAAGCUUUUGAUUUGUUCAAUCCAAACUUCAAGUCUACCUGUCAACGGUUUGUGGAGAAAUACACCGAGCUACAGAAACUUGGAGAAACAGACGAAGAGAAGUUAUUUGUGGAAACAGGGAAGGCUUUAUUGGCAGAAGGUGUCAUUUUAAGACGAAUAGGAGAAGCAAGGACUCAACAGGAAGGCGGUCAUGUUUCCCGGAAACCUGAACACACGAGUGUCACACCCCAAACUGCAAUGGAAGGGAACCAGCCUCAGAGAGAAGUCCCACAGGACCAGCACUUGGAGGCACCCGAAGAACAGUCGAAAGGUCUCUCGCAGCCCUGAGGAUUGAAUACUGUGUAUACUGACAGCCACACUUACUAGCUGAAUGCUGAGCUAUUUUUAACAGUUGAACUGUGUAAAUGUUUUUUAAUCUCUAAGGCAUGACGUUUGCCUUCUCUUAGUUCUGAUUUCUGGGUAGCUCAGUAUCAUGGUUUGAAAGAACCAGUCAGGUGAACUUUUAUGUUAGGACAUUACUAAAUAAAGAAUUCCCUAGGGCUUAUAAAGUAAAUUUACUUUGAAAUGGUAAAUUACAUGAGGAAACCUUUAUAAAGAUUGUUUGAAUGGGACUCCUGAGUAGGCUUGCAUGGGUGUUUGAGUUAGCACAUGGGCUGGCUGCAUUGGAUUCCCCAGUAUGGAUCUCUUCUAUGGAUGCAUCAGACUUCUGUGUAUGCAUGGUGUGGUCCCUUGGCUGGCUGUUUGUGUCUGCCCUUUUUGCUAUAGAACUAUGAACCUUCAACUUGAGAGGUUAGGCUGACUUGUGCUUUGUAGUAAGAGUGAGGACCUGAUACUGCUGAGGGACCAUAGGCCAAGACUAUAAUCUUAUGGACUAAGAUUAAAGACUGAACUCAGAGCGUCUCUUGGUAACUGGAGUGUCAAGAGGGAGGCGGCUGAGUUAGAUGAUGCUCUCCACCAGCAUCCGCCUGACUCCCCGGCCCGGGGUGUGUUUACCAACUGUCCUGCCUUCCUCAGUUCCCUGUGUUUUACUAAAUAAAGGAAAUAUUCCUCAGAG